AUGGAAGUUUCUCAUAAGGCUUCGGCUCAGUGCCAUGAGACUAGUCCCUGUCGGUCGCAGAAGGUUACAGCAGCAGGGCCAUCCUUCUUCAUGCCAUUCUCUCCAGAUGUCCUAAUCCCAGUAGCAGCUCGUGAGAGCGUGAGGGCUCACUUUAGAGACGUGCUUCAUACCGGUCUGGGCAUGACAGAUUCUUAUAUGAUGGAACGGGUGAUGGUUGCUCUAGACAGAGGCACUUCGCCGUACGUUACUAUGGCAACGUUUGCGAAGGCAAUGUCACUAUACCUUCGCGGGGAUCUGGAGGAGCGCAUAGCCUAUGCAUUUACAUGUUACGAUCUGCUUGGCGAGGGCCAUCUCCGCCGAGAAACUAUGUAUCAAUUGAUGAAAAAGAGCUUGGCCAAGUCAUCAAGAGAUGAUGAUGUUGAGGAAGCUGUAAAGGAACUGGUGGACAUAAUGCUGAAGCGAAUGGACAUGGACUUAGACGGAGUGAUAAAUUAUAAAGAUUUCCAUGAUACGGUAACAAAAACUCCAUCGCUGCUUGAAAGCCUCGGUUACUGCCUCCCAGAGAGACCGGCUGUCUACGCUUUCGUUGCUACAUGGUGUCCAUCGUGGAGAUCCAUG